AUGCUAACAGUUCAACGCAAACCCAUAGUUCAAGACUUCGAUGAGCCUCAGGUAAUCCCACACGAUCAAGCAAGUGAUUCAGCCGUGACAGCCACGAAUCCCGAGACGCAUGCGACCAUGGUACAUAAAUCAACAUCCCCAGAGCCAAAUGUCAUCAAUGAAGAAGCAACAGCGGCCCAAACGAACGAUGAAGAGCCGAUGCUUUUUGAUGAAGCGGCACUAUCUUUUGUCGACCGCGACGAUACUGGGACCGAAACUCCGCAUAAAUCAGAGACGACCCAAGCAGAUCCAACAUCCCAGAAUCCAGAUGCAGAAGCUUUAGCUGAAAUGAGGGACACAAACCCAGGAAUAUUGUCCCAAUCUCAUUUCACCGCGUCUUCUGCAAAAAAGAAGGCAAAACGCAAGCCCAUAGCCAAAAGAGAUCCUGAUCAACCUGUCAUCAUAGUACUCGAUUCUCUUGGUGGUAAUGCCCGUACUGGAGCGGUUCGCGCUCUCAAAGACUGGAUAGCAGCGGAGGGGGCAAGCCGGCGUGCUAUGGAGGCUGUCAUCAAAGAGAACGGCUAUUAUCCCAAGAGUACACAGGUUCCAAUGCAGAACAACUUCACCGAUUGCGGUGUUUACCUACUUGGCUACAUCGAGAAGUUCUUCCAGAAUCCCGAUGACUUCAAGAACAAGCUGCUCACUGGAUCAAUGUCGGCUCAAGAAGACUGGCCGGAGUUAAAUCCAUCGGAAAUGAGGCACAAAAUGCGUCAAAUCAUAUUUGAUUGCUAUAAGAAGCAGGAAGACGAUAGGAGAGCACAGAAGAAGGCGAAGAAAGGAUCUGCGAGCUCAAAGACAUCACCAGCUCCGACAACGUACAAAGCCUCGGAUCUGGGCAGACACAACUCUGAUGAGUUAUCCAGUGAAAAGCCGAAGCUCGCACUUUCGCCCAAGAACGCAGGCGCGCAGCCCACAUCGCCACGAACCCAUUCACCUUCUCAUCCUCCACUCCGACUCGCAUCGCCGUUCAGUUUCGAUGCGAAGCAUACUUCUGCUGUUGAGGAAGCACCUCAAAUAGCUGUCAGCAAGGUGUCUGACUCACCACCUGUGCUCACAUUUCCUGCAGAGCAGGCCGUUGGUAGUCCACGGUCAGAAACGACACCAAGGCGCCAUAGUCCCGAAGUGCGCAUUUCCAGCAGAACGCCCCAAUCACAUGAUUCUUUGCGCAACGGACACAUCACUUCGAACAGAACACCACGUCAAUCCAAAGAAAACGAUCAAACAUCUCAAAUACCCGGUACAUCAAGCCCCAAGAAGCGCCGAAGACACGGUGACGAUGAUGAUGACAUGAAAUCGCCAUCAGCGAAGCGCCAGCUCAUCAAGUCGCCCCAACGACAUCAAGAUGGCGAUAUGGAAACUAAGCAAAGAGCUUCGCGCAGCCGAGAAGGCAGUGUCUCCGACGCACCUAUUGAGAUCAAGGACUCACAGGAAGUCAAAGGCAUCAACGUCAACCAUCGCCAGCAGGUGCAGGCAGCUCCCACUGCUCAGCGGAAACCCGCAUCACGUUAUGCACAUUCCAGCGAAGGGCUCCGUCCUUCACCUACGUUUGAAGAGAUUCCGCGUUUGUCGUACAGCACAAAGACGUCUAAACAUGGUCAACACGAAGGUACUCCCGUUGAUAGUGCGCUCCAGACAAAGCUGGACGAAGACGACUAUGCUAGAGACAAAGCCCGGCGUUCAGAAGCACCUGCUCCCAGCAACAUGGAUGGGUCACUGGAGCGUAGAGAGGAAGCAUCUGAUCCAAUGGAAGGGAUCUCACAGUCCACUCACGAUCUGCAACUUGAUGGCGUCAACGACGGAUCCGUGGUUCAAGAAACACCAGAACCUGAGGAGACGAGUACAACCGUCCAAACUGGAUGGUCAAGGGACAAUCCUACCCUUCUCUAA